UCAAUCUAUCUUAAGGUCUGUUGUUUUCGCCGAAUUCAGCAGUAAAGCUCACGCAAACUCAGAAAAAUGUUAAGCAAUAGAACAAGCAAACGAAAUGAGUAGUUUCUUUUUAACCGUGAGCGAGCAAAGUUCAUUGAUUGGUAAAAAUGUUAGGGAAGCGUAUCGGUCUUAUUAUUUUGCAGUCACAAAAAGCUGCUCCCAUUUUAGCCAGUCAACAGCGAUGGCAAACAAAUGUGGCUACAGCUGAGAUCAGAGAGGACCCCGAAUGGCUACAGGCCAAACCAUUUGAACAAAUUCCACGGGCCAACUUGUUAUCUUUAUUCCCUAAAAUAGCCUUGCCCGGUGGAAAAUACAGGAAAAUGGAAGUAAUGCAAAUGUUCGAGGCAAUGCGUGAGGAUUACGGAGAUGUAUUCUACAUACCCGGCUUGUUGGGAAGUCCUGCGUUUGUGAUGACCCACAAUCCGAAGGAUUUCGAAGUCGUUUUCCGAAAUGAAGGGGUAUGGCCAUAUCGACCUGGAAGUGAUAUUUUGCGCUACCAUCGAACCGUGUACAGAAAAGAUUUCUUUGAGGGUGUUCAGGGAAUCAUUCCCUCACAGGGCAAAUCCUGGGCAGACUUUCGCUCCAUCGUAAAUCCCGUCCUUAUGCAGCCCAAGAAUGUAAGGUUGUACUUCAAAAAGAUGUCGCAGGUUAACCAGGAAUUUGUACAGCGCAUUAAAGACAUAAGAGAUCCCACCACUCAGGAAGUUCCAGAAAAUUUCUUAGAAAGCAUUAACAGAUGGACCCUAGAAUCGGUUUCCGUGGUGGCUCUGGAUAAACAGCUGGGUUUGCUCAAGGAUUCGGGAAAGAACAGUGAAGCUACAAAACUAUUCCAGUACCUGGAUGAUUUCUUCCUGCUUUCGGCCGAUCUGGAGAUGAAACCCUCAAUCUGGCGAUUCAUCCAGACUCCACAGCUAAAGAAAGCACUAAAAACAAUGGAUGGCCUUCAGGACAUUACCUCAAUCUAUGUAGAUGAAGCCAUCCAGCGUUUGGAGCAGGAGGCCAAGGAUGGUGUGGUUCGUCCGGAGAAUGAACAAAGUGUCCUCGAGAAACUUCUUAAAGUUGACAAGAAAGUGGCCACUGUUAUGGCUAUGGACAUGUUGAUGGCAGGAGUUGAUACGACUUCAAGCACUUUUGCGGGGCUUUUGCUUUGCCUUGCAAAGAAUCCUGAAAAACAACUAAAACUGAGGGAAGAGGUGAUGAAGGUGUUGCCCAACAAGGACUCCGAGUUCACCGAGGCUUCGAUGAAGAAUGUCCCUUAUUUGCGAGCCUGCAUCAAGGAAUCCCAGCGUAUUUACCCUCUGACCGUUGGAAAUGCCCGUGGACUUACGAGGGACGCUGUAAUAAGCGGCUAUCGGGUUCCAGCUGGUACCUUCGUGUCCAUGAUUCCCAUAGGUGCCCUUAACAGUGAGGAAUACUUCCCGAAACCUACUGAGUUCCUGCCAGAGCGAUGGCUACGAAACACCAACGAUUCAACUGGAAAAUGUCCAGCCAACGAUCUGAAGACCAAAAAUCCAUUCGUAUUCCUGCCAUUCGGAUUUGGAGCUCGAAUGUGCGUGGGAAAACGCAUCGUGGAAAUGGAACUGGAGUUGGGCAUUGCGAGACUCCUUCGCAACUUUAAUGUGGAGUUCAAUUAUUCCACGAAGAAUGCUUUCCGUUCUGCGCUUAUCAAUCUGCCCAAUAUUCCACUCAAGUUUAAGUUCACCGAUUUGCCAAACUAAUAUUAUAAAUUAAGCCUUAACUUUGUUGUUUUCUGUGAUAAGAUUUUAUUUUAUCGUAGAAAUCAGAAUUCUAUAUUUUAAAAGUAUUAACAAAGAAAUGAUUAAAUUGACGAAAUAUAUGUUAAAACAAUAAAUUGAGUGUGGUAUUUGAAUUGAAUAUAUUUUUUUAAACGACCUUAAGCUCUAGAAGCAACUUGUUACCCCAAUGAAUGAAAAUACUUCCUAGUCAUGGUGAAAAUGUAUUAUUAGCAUUGACAAUGACCGAUACGGCGGAGGGGGUCGCUUAAUUUAUUUGUCUUUAUUAGGGGUAAACUGUUUGUCAAGGGUAGAUAAGAAUUUUUUUAGAUAUGUGCACACUUUUCAAGGGAAAAUUAUAAUAUUGAUUGUUUUAAAUUCCCCAUUAAAUAUGUAAGGAAAAAACCAACAUUGCAUGUUUAUGUUUGAUUGAAACACAUAUUUUUGAUAUAUGUAUGCUGGCAAAUUAGCUCUCUAGAACCUGUUUGGCAGAGAGUUCUCUAUGGGUAGCUAUCUCUCUGGUUGUGUGUUGUUA